UCCAUCAUUUCAUAGCCAAGCCCCAUUCUCCCCCACAGACACCCUCUCAAAUCCACCAUAAGAAAACCCUAAAUUUCCUUCUUCCAUUUGUACACACUCAUCAAGAUUCAACCCACAAAUGACUUCAUCAAAAUUUGAAUCAAAUGAUGAUAUACUUGAUUUUAUAAUCAAGAAAGCAAACGGAAUAAAAGGCUUAGUAGACAAAAGCCUUGAAAUUAUCCCAAAUCAGUGUAUUCAACCAAAAGAACACAGACUAGAAAAAUCUCAAAUUGACAAUCAAGAAUCAAUCCCUACAAUUGAUUUAUCAAAUUUUGAUGAUUUAAAUGUUAAAAAAUCAAUUCAAGAAGCAGCAAGAAAGUGGGGGUUCUUCCAAAUCAUCAAUCAUGGGAUCCCAAUUGAAGUCCUUGAGGAUUUGAAAGAUGCGGCCCACAAGUUUUUCGAAUUGCCAACUGAAGAAAAAGUAAAGUAUUAUAAAGAGAGUUUUAGUGCUGGUGAAUCUGUGUUGAUGUUUUGGAGUGCUAUUGGUGAUAAAAAUGAGAAAUCUUUGGAGUGGAGGGAUAGUAUAAAACAUGGUUGUAAUCCAGAAAAUGAUAGCAAUCUUUGGCCUUCUCAAACAAGGAACCAAGUCUUGGAAUAUCAAAAGUGGGCUACACCACUUGCUAAAAAAUUGUUAGAGGUGCUAUUGAAAGGUCUCAACGUCAAUGACUUUGAUGAAUCUUUAGAACCUCUCUUGAUGGGAACAAUGGCUAUCAACAUAAACUAUUAUCCACCAUGCCCAGAUCCAAGUAUCACCAUUGGGGCUCGUCGGCACUGCGAUGUCUCCUGCAUCACUCUGCUCUUCCAGGAUGACAUGGGAGGCCUAUAUGUUUGAGGGACUAAAGGCGAUAAUUGGAUCCACGUAAAACCAAUCAAAGGCGCCUUAGCGGUUAACAUAGGUGACUCGUUACAGAUUAUGAGCAAUGAUCGAUACAAGAGUGUCGAGCAUUGUGUAGCAGUUGAUUCGAGUAGGGCUCGAAUAUCCGUACCGCUAUUUGUGAAUCCUUGCUUUGACAGUGUCAUUGGUCCAUUUUCACAAAUGCUGAAAGAUGGAGAAAAACCAGUGUACAAACAUGUCUUGUUUUCUGAUUAUUGGAAUUAUUUCUUUCGUAAGAGGCCUUCUGGUAAAGCAUCACUAGAUUUUGCUAAAAUUUGAUAUUUUGACCUACAAAUUUCUUCUUAAGUAGUGAA